UCAAAACCUGCUGCACUAUUUACUAAAAGUACCUAUCUGGAAGCACCGGAAGCCCUAACCUCAAUCAACGGCCCGGUUACAUCAUCCUGAACGAACCCAAACCAACCAACUCAGUUGCGACCAUCAACAACUAUCAUCAUCACAGCCAAUCUAAUCUACCUUCAAUCUUUAUUUAUAAGUAAUCUUUACCACAAUUAAACACAUCUACAACAUCAAUUCCCAAACACCACCACAACCACACAACAGCCUCAUCACUACCACCAUAACAACCAUGUCCCCUACAAUAGAAAUCAAUAAGAUCCCCCUCAGCUACGCAACCUGCUCCCUGGGACCCCCCAGCACAACCCCCCUAGAAACCAAACUCUCUACUCUCCGCUCCGCCUCCUUCACCGGCAUCGAGCUAGCCUUCCCCGACCUCCUCGCCUACGCCAACACCCACAACCCAGGAACCACCCAGAUCCUACCAACCGACUACCCGGCCCUCAUCCACGCGGCAACCUCAAUCCGCUCACUAUGCGAAUCCCACAACCUCCGUAUCAUGAUGCUCCAACCGUUCGCCAACUUCGAGGGAUGGCCUCGCGGUUCCCCGGAACGGGAGGAUGCGUUCUCGCGCGCGAAGGGGUGGAGUGGAAUUAUGGAGGCUUUGGGGACGGAUUUGUUGCAGAUUGGGUCGACGGAUACACCCGCUGAGAAGUUACAAUGUAUGAAGAAUGGGGAGGUGGAUAGGGAGGCAGUGGUGGAGGAUCUGCGUGAGCUGGCAGAUAUAUUAGCGAGCAAGGGCCAACGUAUCGCGUACGAGAACUGGUGUUGGAGUACGCAUGCGCCGAACUGGAAGGAUGUAUGGGAGAUAGUUAGGGAUGUGGGGAGGGAGAAUGUUGGGUUGUGUUUGGAUACGUUUCAGACGGCCGGGGGGGAGUGGGGGGAUCCGACGACUGCUGAGGGAGUGGUUGGUGGUGGUGAGGAUGAUGUGAGGAAGAGGUAUGAAGAUAGUUUGGAGGAGUUGGCGAGGACGGUUCCUCCGGAGAAGAUCUUCCUCUUGCAGGUGUCGGAUGCGUAUAAGCCACUAUCUCCGUUUGAGGAUGAGGUGGUGGAUGGGGCGAGGCCGAGGGCGCGGUGGAGUCAUGAUUUCAGGCCGAUGCCGUAUCAUGGGGGGUAUUUGCCUAUUGAGGAGGUGGGGAGGGCGGUGUUGAGGACCGGGUUUAGGGGGUGGUUUAGUAUGGAGAUUUUUGAUGGGGGGAAGUCAGGGGAGGAGGAGAUUGGGGAUGUGGAGGGGUUUGCGAGAGAGGCGAUGGGGAGUAUGAGGAGGUUUUUGGAGAGGUGUGCGGAUGGUAUCUAA